ACGGGCACACUCAUCCUUCAAAUACCGAUCUGGAAGCGCCACUGGUCCACUCGCUCUGGCGCGAAUGCGAUAAUCUGCGGUUCAGAGGAACCAUGGAACCCUAGCUCUCGCGAGGAAAUGGGCUCCUAUCUGCCCCUCUCCGCUCCCCCUUUACUCUCGUGCAAAUUCCAUGUGAGAACUCCCGCGGUCUUUUCGCGAUUGAAGGAAACUAGGGCUUGCAGAUCUCCGCGUAAAAGUGGUAUCAUCUGUGCUUUGGAAGGGAAGCUCGAGGCCUCCUGGAUCCGCUCGGAUGGUAGCUCGGAUGAAGAUGGCUUUGGAGGAUGGUCCGUCCUGAGAGUCGAAGAGCAGAAUAGAACUGGGUUUUCGAGAGUUAUUCUUGCUGGGAUUGGGACAUCGGUAGUAGCAGUUUUGUUGGCCACUUUGGCUUACUGUUCUUUUUCAAGGAAAGGCUUCAAAGUAAAAUUAAGUUCUCCAUUCGGUGUAUUUCAUGACAAUUCGGCACAUUAUGAGCUUUCAGAAGGAGCUGACAACGCUAUAGAAUCAGCUACAUCAUCUAUUCAAGAGGUUCCUCUUGAAAGUGCUGAGUACAAAUCUGCUUCUGAAGGAAAAAAACGCAUUGUUAUCUCUGUUGCUGAUGCUACUCAACUGGAAGCUUUAAAUGUUCUUAGAAUUCUAAAGAUCAUUGACUAUGAUGCCAAUGCUGACGAUUUAUGCACUAAAAGGGAAUACGCAAGGUGGCUAGUUAAAGCAAACGUCAUGCUUGAGAGGAAAGCCAAAAAUAGGUUAGUUCCGACAAGUUUGCUUGCUGGUUCAGUUUCUCCAGCAUUUGAUGAUGUGAACCUCCAUGACCCUGAUUUUGAGUGUAUUCAAGCUCUUGGAGAAGCUGGCAUUGUUUCUAGCAGGUUGUCUUCACCAAAUUCCUCCAGUUUGUCUGAUAUUGAAAAGUUGAACGAGGAAGAGGGAUUUUACUUUUUCCCCAACAACUUUAUAUCACGCUUCGAUCUGGUAAAUUGGACUGCUAUGCUUGAAUAUUCAAACUUUUUGGAAUUGGAGGAGAUAUCACGGACGAAGCCUCGCCUGUUGGAUUUGUGUGCUCGUAAUCUGAAUGCAGCACCACAGCUGUUGGCGGACUUGAUAUCUGGCAAUAGGGGCAUAGUUGCAAGAACCUUUGGUAAUAUUCGAUGCCUUCAACCCAACAAACCCGUCACAAAGGCGCAAGCCGCUGUCGCACUAACUAGCGGUAGAAUGGCCAAAGCAGUUCAAACCGAACUAGCACGCCUCGAGGCGGAAGAGCUAUUGAGAUCAGCUGAAAUGGAAGAAAUCAAGCUCGAGUUGACUCACAGAGGGGUCAUACAAAAGCACUGGGAGGAGAAACUAAGCGAGGCGAAAAUAUUUGCACUUCAGUCUGAAAAAAAUCUUGAAAUUGCAUUGACUGAGUUAGAGAUUGAGAGAGCAGCUGAAGAAGACAGACUCGGCGAUUACUUGAAAGAGAAAAUGGCUUUAGAAUGUCAGCAACAGCUCCUGUUCAAUCUUAGGAAGGAAGUUGAUGAACUGAAGGAGAAGCUUCGAAAUGAAAGAGGGGUUUUUACGGGGGAGAAGCAGGAUUUGGAGACUCAGCUGAGAGAUUUAGAUGUAGAAAAAGGGGAAGUUUUUGAGGCCAGAUCAGUGUUGGAAGCUGAGAAAGACGCUGUUCAAAUAAUGAGGUCAUGGGUGGAAGAAGAAGCUGAGCAUAUCAGAGCCAGAGCCAAUGUUCUGGAGCAGGCAGUUCAGAGAUGGAAAGGAGGCAAAGCCUUGUCCCAGCAAUAACAGAUUAUCACCCAUUUUCUUCAUAUAAGUUGCAAAUGAAUUGAGUAAAUUAUUUUCAAGUUUAUUUUGUAUGCUUGUGAAGAAUUGCAAUAUUUACAUGCAUACCGCACAAUUCUUAUGUAUUUACAUAUCUGACCC